AUUUUCAGAGGUUACCUAUACUAGGUUAUAUUAUUAAAAUAAAUCUAAUCUGAAUAACUUUUAAAUAAUUAAUAGUUAAACAUGUCUUUUCGUGCAGGAAUAUUAUUAAAAACGUAUCAAAAAAGUGCACUCAUACAAACCACAUUUUUCUCUGUUGCCACUAAAACGAAGAUUCAACAUCAUCGACCUUUACUGAUAAAUUGUAAAAACAAGAAAUUAAAUCAUUAUUUAGAAACCUAUUACAGUAAAUUAGACAAAGUACCGUUAGCAUCGCAGGGUUGGCAUCAUCCAAAAUCAAAAGGUGAUACGUUUACUAUUAAUCAAAUGCAGGAUCCCGAAGAAGUAAUGUAUACACUUAAAGAAUGUAAUGUACUAGAAGACUUUAAAGAAGCUUUGAAAAAAGAAGGUGUAGAAAAGCUGACGGAAUUUCAAUAUCGAGCCAUUAACGAAAUUCGACAAGGUUCACAUGCGCUAUUAUCUGCGGAAACUGGAUGUGGAAAAACUCUAGCUUACUUGUUGCCCAUAAUUGAAAAUUUAAUCAAAGACAAAGCUACGAAUGUAAACACCCCUAAAGCUCUUAUUUUGUGCCCAAAUCGAGAAUUAGCUUAUCAAAUUGGUGAUAUAGCAAAAUUAUUAGGCGAGAAUGUUGGUGUCAACGUAAAAGUUCUCGUUGGUGGAAGAACCAAAUUGAUUAUGAUGAAUCCCUCGUUUGAUGAAAUCGACAUUUUAGUGGCAACUCCUGGGGCAAUUGGAAAACUUUCAACUGUAGGAAUUUACAAAUUAAACGAUGUAAAAUACACUGUUUUGGACGAGGCCGAUACCUUAAUCGAUGACAGUUUUGUAGACAGAAUGAAAGGUUUAAUAUUAAAAUUAGCCCAAUCACAAAUAAUAUUGGUUUCGGCCACCUUACCCAAAAUUCUACCGGCUAUAUUAGAACCUGUACAACAAUCACUGAAGCAUGUUGUAUCACCUGGGAUCCAUCGACCUAAACUGAACAUAACACAAAAGUUUCUGAGACUUACGAAAAGUCAAAAACCCAGUCACUUGUUAGAACUGGCCAAAAAGAACACCAAUCCAAUGAUAAUAUUUACCAACAAAAACGAAACAUGCAAUUGGGUUGCGCUUUUUUUGAGAGAGAACGGAAUCAAUUGCGCCAAUAUUAAUGGGGACAUGCACUAUCAGAUCAGAAUAGAUCAAUGGAAUCAAUUUUUAAAAGGCGAAGCGAACAUUUUAUCGUCUACAGACAUCGGAAGUAGAGGUUUGAAUACUAUUCAAGUGAAGCACGUUUUAAAUUACGAUUUUCCUCUUUACGCUGCUGAUUAUUUACACAGAAUAGGAAGAGUAGGUCGAAUAGGCAGCCCCACUUCCUGUAAAGUAACCAAUUUUAUAUCCGGACAUUCAGAAAUUGAUAUGGUUCAAAAUAUAGAAUUGGCAAUCAGAAGGAAUCAACAAAUCGAAAAUGUCGACGGUAACAUAACCAGCUUAGUAAACAGAAAAAUAAUGAAUAAGGAAAAAGAAUUAAUCACCUAAAAUAUCAAAUAAAAC